AUGAUUAAUUUGAUGCCAAACAGUCUAAAGUCAAUUUGUUUGCGUUCAAUGCUAUUAUGCAUUUGCAAGACAACAGUCCACAGACGGAGAUCCCAUUAUUACAUGUUUUAUGGCUUUGUUGUUGUGGUGUUCACUCUUCUAGUGAUUGCAUGGAUGAUAAUCUUAGCCCAACUGUCAACCACUCUAACUGACAAUACAUUUGCCAAAAAUAUUGUUUCCGACAGCUUUGAUAGUACAAUACCCUCAGUUGAAAGUGUGUCUAAAUUGUUAGACUCGUAUCGAUUAGAAAUAGCAAGACUUCAGACACAGAUUGAAGAUUUAAAGAAAAGCCAAAAGCAAUACUCAAUGAUAAUGGAUAGUGUGGUCAGACAUGUAGAUCAUAUAAAACAUGGAGGAGUGACGACUCUAUCGCAUGAGUAUGAAGUCGUGCCAUUCACUCACUUUACACUCACCCGUAUAUAUCCGUCAACACUGGCUUUGGGUAAACGAGUGGUCGAAAAACCAAUUGGUGUGAAACGUAAAGAAAUAAUCGAUGUGUUAAGUGAAGCCUUAAAAUAUUUAGUUAAUUUUAACCGAACUGCCGAUGACUUUAUUGAAGGUGUUUAUGCAACUGAUCCACUCAUUGGCACUCAAUAUCAUUUAUAUUUUAGGACAGCUAAGAAGGGACUAUCGGCUUCAAAGUAUUACCAUAAGAUAACUCUUUUAAGACCAUUUGUUGGCAAUCGUAUUGUCAGCAAUGAGCUAAUAUCGACUCAACAAGAGGUCAUUCAUCUAAUAUUACCUCUAAGUGAAGAUCGUUUGCAUCAUUUACCACAGUUUAUGGAUAAUGUUAACAGACUAUCAAAAAGUGAAUCGGGAAGACUUAAGUUAUUUAUUGUAUAUUUCGGUGAUAUUUCUCUUUUACCAAAUUAUUGUUGCGCUGAUGUCUUCAAUGGACACAACAAAACUCUUUCAAAUAUAAAUCUCAAUAAAGUCUAUGAUUCGUCUUCAAAGUUAACAAAGAAUUUUAGUUCAAUUCAAAUAAAAAUAAUACAUUUGUCUAAUAUUAGUGAAGACUUUUCUCGAGCCAAAGCCCUUCAUUUGGGAGCAGAGAUUUGUUGUAAGAAUUCUUCGCUAUUGUUCUUCUGUGACGUCGACCUAUUGUUCACAAAUAAAUUCUUAGAAAGAUGUCGUUUGAAUGCCUCGAAAGGCAAGAAAGUGUAUUAUCCAAUACUCUUCAGUCUAUAUAACCCGAAGUACUCGAAAAUGAAAAUACCAAAUAUGAGAGACGACUCGAUUUCUCCUAAUUUAUCGAAUCUAAUCUCAUCUCAGACUGGUUUCUGGAGAGACUUUGGUUUUGGAAUGACCUGUCAAUACAAACACGACUUUAUGUCAAUCGGAGGAUUUGCUGAAUACUUAGUGUCCAAUUGGGAUAACAAUCAUAACAUACAUAAUACUAAUAAACGAAUUACUCGUUUGUUGACUCAAUCAAAACUAUCGACCGGUUGGGGCGGUGAAGAUGUGCUUCUCUAUAGACGACAUUUACAGCACCCGAAGCUGUCAGUUAUACGAGCUAUAGAUCCCGGUUUGUUUCAUAUAUGGCAUCAAAAGCAAUGUGAUGUCAAUACGUUAACAGAUGAACAAUACUCCUCCUGUCUGUCCACACGAGCCAUCAAUGAAGCCUCACAUUCACAAAUGGCUCAACAAUUAAUGCAAUUCAAACUCAAAGAUAAUAAGUCUUCCAAUAAAUGA